UCAUGGGCUUAUGAGUCUGAAUUGGUCUGCUGCAGCUUAGGGGUGCGGUUGUGGAAUGGCAUUGAAUCACCUAUCUAACUUUGGAGGAGUAUAUAAGAAUCUUCACAUACCGGCGCUAGUAAUUGGAGCAGGAUUUGUUUUGAUUGCACUGAUCCUUUCUGUCUUGCUGAUAUUGCAACAUCUCAGAUCAUACACUAAUCCUUCUGAACAGAAAUGGAUUAUUGGCAUCAUAUUCAUGGUUCCUGUUUAUGCCACUGAAUCUAUAAUAUCCCUGUGGAAUUCGAGAUUUUCUAUAAUUUGUGACAUCUUAAGAAAUUGUUAUGAAGCAUUUGCCCUGUAUUCUUUUGGAAGCUACUUGGCUGCCUGCCUUGGAGGUGAAGAAAGAGUUGCAGAGCUGCUUGAGAAUGGAGCAAAUAAACAGCUAGGUAAGCAAUUGCUCGAGGAAGAAGAGAAGGAAGGAGCACCACAUCAAAGUUCAUUCCUUGAUUUUUUUUGCCAUCCAAGUGUGCUGGGAAAGGAUUUAUACACAAUUGUGAAAUUUGGUAUCGUGCAAUAUAUGAUUCUCAAGACAUUAUGUGCCUUUCUGGCAUUGUUGUUGGAGCUUUUUGGAGUAUAUGGAGAUGGGGAGUUCAAGUUGUACUAUGGGUACCCAUAUAUUGCAGUUGUAUUAAACUUCAGUCAGAUGUGGGCUUUGUAUUGUCUUGUGCAGUUUUACAAUGUGACCUAUCAUAGGUUGCAACCAAUCAAGCCAUUGGCAAAGUUCAUAAGCUUUAAGGCGAUUGUUUUUGCGACUUGGUGGCAGGGUGUGGGUAUCGCAAUAGUCUGUUAUUUUGGUAUCUUGCCAAAGGAGGGGAAGAUCCAAAAUGGAAUUCAGGAUUUUCUCAUCUGCAUUGAAAUGGCUAUUGCAGCUGUUGCCCAUGUGUAUGUUUUCUCAGCAAAACCGUACCGGUUUCUGUCAGUUUCGGAGUAUGGAAAGGUCACUUCCCUUGAAACUAAAACCAAAUUGAAAAUAAAUGAAAGUAGCGAGGGGAGGCCUGCUAGUGUUGAGCAAGAGGAAACGCAUGCUGAAUCUCCUGGGACAAGCAUCACCAAGAGUGCUCAGGAUGUUGUGCUAGGGAGUGGUGAACAUGUGGUUAAAGACGUAGCUUUGAUCAUAUCUCAGGCAAUAGAGCCUGUAGAAAAGGGUGUCACAAAGAUACAAGAGACAUUCCAUCACAUUUCUUUUGGCUCUGAUAAGGAGAAAGAACCUAAAGUUGAGGUUGAUGAGCACAUCACGGAGAAUGUCGUGGGAGAUGAGCCCCAUAUGAUCAGUUCCGAAAUGGAAAUUAAAACUGGAAAUCUCCACUGAUGAGACUGCAUUGUGUCCUGCGCUGCUCAUUCUUUGUUUCAAGAGAAGCUUUAAGAAUGCUGAUGUGCAAAUAAAAGAAGGAAACAGGAAAAAAAAAAUCAUCCACGCCAAAUGUUUUUGAUGCCUGUAGAUUAAUGCUAAUUAUUUGCGGCUGCUUUGUUUUUCAGGUGGCAGGAUUACUGUAAGUUGUUUGAUUCUCGUUCUUUUUUCUGUUGGGGUUUGUAUAUAUAGCUCAUUGUCAUUUUGAGUGGAACUUGUUGAAUUCUGAUAAUUGUUUACAGUCACAUAGUGCUUCACUAUGCAACUAACAUGAAAUUAAUGACCUUGGUAAGAAAUUAUGUAUAUUUUCAAGGAUUUGCCAUGGUCAGCAGAAGCUGCAGAACCGUUCAGGAAAGUGGGAAGAAAUACAGAGAGGAAGAGCUUAGCCACAAUUCCUUGUGUAUGCUUGAGUUACUGAUUGAUUUUGGGAUACCUUGGCCACACAACAGACCUUAAGCAACAUAAACCACUACUCAAAAGGUAGACACACCACCAUGAUGGCAAUUACAGUAUGGGGCAUAUCAGCGGAAGCAUCUUUGCCCUCCAUCCCUUCCUGUGACCCGAAGAGGAGCUCGUGAAUGCAAAAUAAAAGAAAUUUUACCAAAGUAUUUGGACAGAAGCCCAUCAGGUCGAAGCCGAAAUGGAUAGAUUAUGAUAUAUGUGAUUGUUACACCAAGAUUGGCUUAAAGCAUUGUUCAGAAAAGAUCACUUGCAGGAGCAGUAUAUUACAAAAAACAUUGCACGCUCAUCUCUUUGCGAACGUUGUUUACACGUGAUGAGGGAAACCAAA